AUGCCUAUGUUGCAGCACCCAAACACUACUGCUGGCGUUUCGCACACAGAUUAUGAAUGGAGGUACGAAUACUACGAUGACGAAGAGCCAGUUUCCUUCGAGGGACUCAAAGCACACAAAUAUUCCAUUGUAAUUGGCUUCUGGGUUGGUCUUGCGGUCUUUGUCAUUUUUAUGUUCUUUGUGCUCACUCUUCUGACCAAGACAGGAGCACCGCAUCCAGAGAGUGCUGAACCAUGUGAGGAUUGUGUGCAUCUGACUAGCUGUGUUGAGGAACUAGGCCGCCCUCGGGAGCCAGAGAAUACCAGAGCUGGCUUACCUCGACCCCUACUGGAGGAGUCUCACUUUCUCUUUAACUGCUACAUUAAUGAAGAAGAGCAGGCAGGAGAGCGGUCAUUAAGCCAAACCCACAGAGCUCACACACAAUCAAGCAGCAGUGAGUCGAGCGGCCAGGUGAAAACCGGUCGCCUAAUUAGCCAGAGUACACACCUGGAGAUGAUGGAAGAUAAUGAAGCAGCUUUUCUGGCUCAUUUCAACAUCCCAAACUUUGUGAACUCUGAACUCAGCUCCACACUGGGUGAUGAUGACUUACUGCUGGGUGAGCCACCCAUAAUAAUGGAAAGUGAAUCUCAUUCACAUAGUACCAGUCACAUUAGAGACUAAACACUUGAACCCCAGAAUUUUUCCAAAAUGAACAUGCAAAAUUAGUCUGACUGGAACAAGCAUGUAAGGAUGCUAAAUAAAGUGGCACAUCUACUCCAAAAGACAGACUGAAGUCAAUUACUGAACUUCUAUCAUUCAUAUUUACACAGAACUCAACAUUUUCUGUGCCUCAUAGCUGGCACUAUGCAGAUCUCUGUGGAUUUUCCAAUUCAGAGGUAGACUGAGGUACUGAAAGACU